AUGGCAAAAUUAAGCGUCAUUACAUUAUCUCUAAUUGUUUGGAGUGCAACGGCGCAUCCAGAUUCCAUACAGUUGAAUCGUGUGGUAAGGUCACCUCACUAUGGUAGUUUUGAGUUUCACCCAUUCCCACCACCACCAUACCCUUUCUUUCAAACAAAUAAUUGGAGCGGUAUCACAAAAACCUCUGAUGGCAAUACCCAGGGAGUGUACAGUGGUGCAUCUGCUAGUGCUAGAAAUACAGGAUCGACUUCUGGACAAGCACUGUCACUAGCAUCAGCGGACUGUGACGAUGACACCUCAGGGCAAUCUGGUGUUAUUUCCGGCAAAGAGAGUGGAAAUGGCUUUACGGAGCAAGGUCACGGUGGCGUAUUCGGAGGCUACGGAGGACAUUUCAGUUCCCAGAAAGAAAGUCAUUAUUCUUCUCAAAGUGGAGGAGGAAAAUUUGGAUUUGGCGAUUCCUUUAGUGACAAUAAGGGCCAUUUACAAACAGGAGGUAUAUUCGAUAUUUCUAAGAACGGAAAUGGUCAGGCAGCAUCGAAUGGCUUCGCAAGUGCAAAUUCCCAAAGCUCUAAUUUUGCAAAAGAAAAUGUAGAUGGACAACAACAAGUUGAAUUAAUAAAUGGAGGUUUACAGAGAGGUGACCAAGGACAAAGUAACCUUAUCACAAGCAAUCAAUCCGGUUUUGGAGGAUUUAAACAUCAAGAACAAGGCGGUGGUUUAGCUGGCUACAAAGAGAGUGGAGUGGGCCAACAAACAGGUUCUAAUGGAUUUGAAAAUACUCAAUUUGGACGCGACUUUAACAAACAACAAGAAGGUAGUGGACUAAGUACUAUUGAUGGUAAACAGGAUACUAAUGGUGUUUUCAAAUUCGAGGGACAACAUAAUGUUGGUUUCGACCAGGGCGGCUUCAGUCAACAGCAUGGCCAACACGAACUUCAACAAACAGGUGGGUUUCUUCAAAGUCAAGAAAAUAUAAGACCUGAACAACAAAAUGCACAAACAGGAUUAGCGGGAUCUGGCACGGGUCAAGCUUCGUCAUAUUCUUACGGGAGAGGUUUCGGUUAUAAUCGAAGUUUCCCUGGAUACGGGCGUCUUACUUAUGGUCGGCACUAUGAUAAUAGCUUCGACAACUCCAGAUACCAAGAAAGUGAGAAAAAUCAAGCACAACAAAAGCAAUCAGAAUCUGAAUUUACUAAUAACGCAAAUGAAGCCACCCAAGGUUCUGGCAGCCACGAUUCAUCAUCAACCAUCGGAGGAGCCUUGAAUCUCGCUUCGCAAAGUCUUGAUGCUGCGAAAAAAGCUGGUUGUAGCACAUGUAAUAAAGAAGGAGGCUAUGCUUUUAGUAAUGCUAAAAGCCAUAGUGGAUCGGCCAUUGCUGUCGCUAUCGGUGGUUAA